AUGACAUUUUACGAUGGAGAUAUUCGAUUAAAUGGAUCGUUUUGUUAUGUUCCACAAGAAUCUUGGAUUUAUUCAUCAACAAUUAAAGAAAAUAUUCUUUUUGGAAAAGAUUUUAAUGAAAAUCUAUUUGAAAAUGUUCUUCAAUCAACUGCACUUGAUUUAGAUUUUAAUCAAUUUCCAUUACGUGAACAAACAAUUGUUGGUGAUCAAGGAGCAAUGUUAUCUGGAGUAAAAAAAGCUCGAAUAAAUCUUGCUCGAGCACUUUAUUCCAAUGCUGAUAUUUAUCUUUUAGAUGAUCCUUUGUCAGCUGUGGAUACCAAAGUUGCCAAACAUUUAUUUGAAAAAACAAUCAAAGGUUUUCUCAAAGACAAAAUUUGUAUUUUAGUGACUCAUCAAAUUCAAUUCUUAGAAAAUGCAACGAAAAUUAUUCUUUUGUAUGAUGGUGAAUUGGCAGGAAUCGGAAAUUAUCAAGAAUUAAUGGAAAAUUGUCUUUUAUUUCAAAAUUUACUCAAUGAUAUUCAUCAAAAUGAAAAUCAACAAAUUGAAGAAAAGAUUCCGAUUGAAAUCAAAGAAGAAGAAGAAGAAGAAGAAGAAGAAUUGAACAUAAAUUCUUCGAUAAAUCAAAAUGAAAAUGAAGAAAAGAAGGCAAAAGGUCGAUUAAAAUUUUACGUUUAUUUCGAAUAUCUUCGUUCUGGAUUUGGAUUUCUUUUUGCAUUUUUCAUUUUACCACUCAUUUGUCUGAGUCAUCAAGGAGCAUUUAUCUUUAGUAAUUAUUGGUUGGCUUUAUGGAAUGAUGAAGAAAAUUAUCGUAAUGAAAAUUUCACAAAUUGUUCAUUCAUUAAAAAACAUCAAGAAAUUCUUUCAUUAAAUCAAUCACAAUGGAUUCAUUAUCGAAAUAAUAAAUUUCAUAUUUAUUCAGGAAUUGUUAUUUUAUUCAUUGUGAUAAGUUUAUUUCGAACAAUUCUUAUUCAAUAUAUGUUUUUGAAUGCAUCACGAAUUCUUCAUAAUAAAAUGUUUCAUCGAAUUAUUCGAACUCCAAUUGAAUUCUUCGAUACAAAUCCAAUUGGAAGAAUUUUGAAUCGAUUUACAAAAGAUAUUUCCAUUAUGGAUAAUUCUUUACCUCACGAUGCAUUUGAUUUUCUCGAUUGUUGUUUUCAAGUGUUAGGUGUGAUUGUGUUGGUUUGUUAUCUUCAAAUCUGGUCGAUAAUUCCGUCAGUGAUUUGUACAAUAAGUUUAUUAUUUGUUCGAACUCGUUUUGCUUCGACUUCACGUGAUUUGAAACGAAUCGAAGGAAUAACUCGAAGUCCAAUUUAUUCUCAUUUAACUUCAACAAUUCAAGGUUUAAAAGUAAUUCGUUCAUCAAAUAAUGAACACAUUUGGUUAAAACAAUUUGAAAAUUAUUUAAAUGAUAAUACGAAUACAAAUCAUUUAAUCAUAACAACAAAUCGAUGGGCAGCAGUUCGAUUUGAUUGGGUCGCUUUGAUCUUCAUCAGUCUUGUCACAUUAUCUUCUAUGAUUUUACGUUUAAUUCAAUAUCAAUUGAUUUCUCCUUCACAAAUUGCAUUGAUUCUUUCGUAUAGUUUAAGUUUAAUGGCGUUAUUACAAUGGACAAUUCGACAAUCAGUUGUGAUUGAAAGUCAAAUGACUUCAGUGGAAAGAGUUUUGGAAUAUUGUUCGGUGGAACAAGAAGAAGAAAAUAAUGAACAUCAAAAUGUUUCAUUAACUUGGCCUUCGAAAGGAGAAAUUGUUUUUGAAAAUAUUUCAAUGAAAUAUUCGAAAAAGACAAAUUCAUCGAUAAUUUUGAAAAAUAUUUCAAUGAGAAUUGAAUCCAAUGAAAAAAUUGGAAUUGUUGGAAGAACUGGUGCAGGAAAAAGUUCAAUAAUUCAAAUUCUCUUUCGUUUAGGUUACUUAACAAAUGGACAAAUUCUUAUUGAUAAUGUUGAUAUUCAUUCAAUUGAUUUAAAUCUUCUUAGAAAUCGAAUUUCAAUUAUUCCACAAGAUCCAAUUCUUUUUCUCGGAACUGUUCGAUCAAAUCUUGAUCCAUUAGGAAUUUAUCAAGAUCAACAAUUAUGGAAUGUUCUCGAAGAAGUUCAAUUAAAAAAUUUUAUUAUUCAACAAAUGUCUGAUGGUCUUCAAUCGGAAAUUCAAGAAAAUGGAGGGAAUUUAAGUGUUGGACAAAAACAAUUGAUUUGUUUGGCUCGAGCAAUUCUUAAACAAACAAAAAUUAUUGUUAUUGAUGAAGCUACGGCAAAUGUUGAUCAUGUAACGGAUGAAUUGAUACAAAGAACAAUUCGAGAGAAAUUUCAGCAAUCAACUGUUUUAACCGUUGCUCAUCGUUUAAGAACAAUUAUUGAUAAUCAAAGAAUAUUAGUUCUUCAUCAUGGGAGAUUAGUAGAAUUUGACACGCCGAAAAAUCUUUUAUCUAAUCCAAAUUCGUAUUUUAGUUCACUUGUGGAUCAAACUGGUCCUUUAGAAUCAAAAUUUCUUCGAGAUUUUGUUUUUCAAAAUUGA